AUGUAUCCGCAGUCUAUCGGCACCGAGUCUUUUCGUCUCGUGUCUCUUAUCAUUGACUCCGAUCGGCAACCAUGUCUUACUCUUAGCGAAUAUAAGAUUCAUAGCCCUGCCAGGCCGGAAUACUACGCACUCUCCUACACAUGGAACCCCCCCUAUAUGACCGAUCCCGCAUACUACGCAGACACGGACGUACACUAUAUUCUUCUCGAAGGGUCCAGAUUCGCUGUCAAGCCUAAUCUUUACGACGCUCUCUUCCAGCUUCACCAUUCUUAUCCUCAGACUCUACUCUGGAUUGACGCCCUCUGCAUCAACCAAAACGAUUUCCAGGAGCGUAAACUUCAAGUGGGCAUCAUGGACCGAAUCUUUGGAGGUGCCAGUCGUGUGGUUGUCUGGCUAGGGAAACCCUCUGCUAAGCUUGAGCUAGGACUCCAAGUUGCAGAACGCAUAGCCAGCGUGGCUUCAGCAGCGUCCAAAGCCAUCGUUCGGGAGCAGAAGUAUCCCCACACCCAUCACCUGGAACAAAUGAAAGAGGCCUAUGGACUUGAUCCGUUGAGCUUCGAUGACGCAGAUGCCCUGGUUACGCUCUUCAGUUGCCGCUGGUUUGGGAGACAGUGGGUGAUUCAAGAAGUGGCCUUAGCAGGACACAUCGACAUCAUAUGCAAUGGAAUGAGCGUCCCGUUUGACAAAAUCGGGUCAACAGCACUAUUCUUGCAUUUAAGUGGCCUGCUUGUUGGAAUUGGUAAUCUGGUAGUCGCCGGUGGCAAAAGCAUGCGUUCGCUGCAAGAUAUGCACCUUAUGCAGACCGGGAGAACUCAGAUUGUCCGCGAAUGGUGUAAAGGUGAUCGCAGUGAGUGGAGAGACGUUCUACAUUUGGUCGACUUUACAGCUGGAAUCGUCGAGAAUACUGUGGCUGCCGGUCAAAGCAAGGAGAGUAUGGUUGGCGUUGUUCUUCUCAAGCUGCUCAUGUGGCUAGUUGGUUUCGAUUGUGGAGACCGCCGCGAUACUAUCUACGGACUCACCGGUAUAAUCAGCCGCGUCGUUAGCAUUCACGGUCUCGACAGCAUUCCCCAGAGGCUCCAGCCGGAUUAUAGACUCGAAACAGCCACUGUGCUCCAUAACGCUGCGACGGAAAUUCUGCAGGCGACUGGGAGUUUGGCUCUUCUCGGUGUUGUCAAGGACCCAGCUCUACGUGAGACGAAAGGCCUACCGUCCUGGGUCCCAGAUUAUCCCCCAAUAAUGGCGUUGAAUCCAAUGGCUGGACCAAACGUCAAGUCUCUGGGCAAGUUCGAUGCAUCGAAAGCCAUAGAUAUAGCCAGGUAUGAUGUCGACUUCCAUGUAGACGACAAGGUCCUGCAUGCCCGCGGUUUUCUCUUGGGUCGGGUUAAGGCCAUGGGCAACUCUUCGGAGCCUAUGAUUUCCGGUAGUCACUUCACUGAGUGCGCUGCGAUGCUAGUUGACGCAGAGGAGAUAUACCGCUUUACGAACCAACCGUUCGCCGAGGCAUUCUGGCGAACAUUGGUGUUUGAUCAGGAUUUAUCAGACCGCCCAGCCAAACUUCCCACGACGAAGCAUUUCCAAGAUAUGGUACUCAUGUUGAUGGCUAAAAGAAUCAGCGAUGAGUUCCAAUCCGGAGGGAAGGAUGCAGUCAAGGCCCUUCUACUGACUUUGGAGGCGAUGGAUACCCUGGAAGCCAAACAUCCGAACCAGAGUCCUUUCCCUACAACUAGGAUGCUAGCCUCAUUCUGCAGUGGGUUUGGCUUCCUCCCUGAAACUAGUGACGAUAAAUUAUGGGCACCUGAACAGAAAAUGGCUUGGUUGGAAUCAAAGAAGAAGAAUAUGGUGUUUAUGUUUUCCUUGCUAAGCACUACGUUGUUCAAACGGCGCCCGGCAAUUAUGGAAGAAGGUUAUUUUGCUUGUGUUUUUGAGUCUACGUUGGUGGGUGAUGAGAUCUGGGUUGUGUCUGGUUGCCCCACGCCGCUGGUUCUGCGAAGUGAGGGUCAACAGUACAGUUUGAUCGGCGAGACUUAUGUUCAUGGUAUUAUGCAUGGUGAGGCUAUUCAUGCAAACAAUAAUUGGGUACAGCUGGAUAUUGUAUAA